AUGUCGAGCGAGCGCGACCCACUAAUUCCCAAGCAGACCCACCCUGAAGAUGGCGCAAAGCAACGAGUAGGGCCGUUGGAGAUUUCUGCGGCAACGAGGCGGUGGAUUCUAGUGGGGAUGUGGCUAGGGACGUUUCUUGGGGCAAUGAAUCUCACUCUCGUGCCUACUAUGAUGCCUGCAAUCUCCUCCGAGUUUCAAAAAUUCCAUCAAGCCAGCUGGCUGGGAACUGCAAACUUCCUCGCUUCCUGCACAUUUACGCCUCUCUACGGCCGACUAUGCAACGUCUUGGGCCGUCGACGGGCAUACCAGCUUGCUAUCUUCCUAACCGGGGGCGGCGCUGUUGGGUGUGGCCUUGCACAAAGCAUGGAGGGGUUGAUUGCUGCUCGCUUCAUCGCAGGAAUGGGAGGAGGAGGCGUAUUUACGGCUUCAACGAUCAUCGUUAGCGAUAUGUAUUCGCUCCGGGACCGCGGCUUAGUUCAAGCUGUUGCGAGUGUCUUUAACAGUUUAGGACUAGGGCUUGGUGGACCAAUUGGUGGUCUCAUUACCGACUUAUUGGGAUGGCGCGCAGCCUUCCUGAUGCAAAUCCCCCUGUUCGUUGUAUCCGCGGUAAUCACCCAAUUCAAUGUACAAUAUGUGACUGAGUCGGAGAGCAAAUCCAGUAGUGCAAAGGAGAUAAUGAAAAGAAUUGACUACUUCGGCAGCCUUUCGCUGCUCACGUUCGUUGGAGCAUUUGUGCUGCUUUUGAGCUCUAAAUAUAACGAGAGUCUACCAUGGCUUCAUCCACUCGUUCUCGUCCCUCUUUUAGUUUCGGUGACUUUUAUGGUCGUCUUUGUGCUGGUCGAGCUGUAUGUCGCGGUACAGCCCGUGAUGCCAAUGUUCCUCCUCCAGCAGAAGAUCCCUGUACUCGUUGGUGCAUCUAACUUCUUCGCUAAUGCCUGCAUCUUCUCCAUCACGUACUUCUUCCCGCUGUGGUUUCAGGUCGUCAAAUUCCAGAGCGCUUCCACGGCUGGGCUGCACCUCAUGCCGAACAGCGUUUCGCUGUCGCUUGGGUCCAUCUUCGCUGGUUGGAUGAUGCACAAGACAGGGCGGUAUAAGAUGAUCAACGCCAUUUUUGGGGCCUUCCCCUUCAUCGGCGCCGUUUUCAUUACCAUGUUGCGCGAAGACUCGGGUUGGGUUCAGUCAUGGUUGAGCAUCGUACCCUUUGGAUUCGGAAACGCCGUCGUGUUGCAGACCUUGCUGAUCGCGCUUCUGGCUCAUCUUCCUCCAUCGCAAAUGGCUGUCGGAACAGGCUUUGGGCAACUCUUCCGGGGUUUAGGCAUGGUAGGCGGUGUAGCCGCGUCUUCGGCGGUAUUUCAAGGUCGCCUCGAUGCCGAGCUUCACAAACGAUUUCCGCCUGGCUCUGAAGAGUUGAUCAUGAACAUUCGUCGUUCAAGCGGCUUCUUGCGCCAACUGAGCCCCGAAGACAGACGUUUGGCCCGCGACUCGUAUGCCAUUAGCCUCAAAGCGGUUUACGCGCUGUCUGCGUUGUCCGCCCUGCUAGCGUAUCUCGUUCGCAUGCCGAUUCCAGACCAAGACCUCGAUGAGGCACAUAAACCCAAACUCGUCAAGCCAGCAGGGCAAGAGCAAGCGGUUUUGCCGGAGCCGCCGUCGGCCGACUCCGAGUCGAAUGCAGAUGCAGCAGACAACUCGAAUGCCAGUUCGCGGAGAAGUGGCGAUGAGACGAUUUAG